UUCUGACGUCCUGUAAUGGCUAGUGUGUCUUCAGAUUUUGCUGACGUUUUCCACAUUGCGCAAAGUGUUGAGUGUGCAUGAUUACCAGUUGCGGUCGUUGCUGAUUCUGACCUGUCACAGGGGACGAGGGACGGGGGCACGACGACGAUGUUGCUGUGGCUCUGACGUCAUGGCGGGGCGCUAUAACGAAGCCGACGGACUUCCAUAAAAGUCGGUGCAUCUCAAGCGUCUGCUCCACGAUUGUUCCUGUGGUGUUCUUCUGAAGUGCACCUGUGUAGAGACACAACGAUGCAGACCCAUACACAUAACCUCUCGUCUCUUCUGAUUGCUGUGGGGACUCUGUUGUCCGGACUGCAUGGUGCUAAAUGGGCAUACACUGGUCCCGACGGUGAGCACCACUGGUCCAAGCACUACCCAUUCUGUGGCGGAACAUUCCAGUCACCCAUAGACAUCCAGACCCAGCUGCUGAGGUUUGACCCCACACUACGUCCAAUCGAGCUCCAGAACUACAACCUCUCAGCCAAUGAGCAGCUGACCCUCGGGAACAAUGGACACUCCAUUCAGCUGUCCCUACCCAGGAGGAUGUAUUUGUCCAGCCUGCCUCACCGUUACACUGCUGCUCAACUCCACUUCCACUGGGGCUCAGAACACCUGCCUGUCGGAUCAGAACACACCGUCAACGGCAGACAGUUUGCUGCCGAGAUGCAUAUGGUGCUCUUCAACUCAGACAAGUACCCCAACAUCUCUGUGGCAGCAGACAAGUCAGACGGCCUGGCUGUACUGGGAGUUCUGAUAGAGGUCGGGGAAUUCAACCCAGCGUUCGCCCAGUUCCUCAAGUACAUCGAUGGUAUUAAAUACAAAGAUCAGAGGGUGCAGGUCCCAGCCUUCAACAUCCGCAGUCUGCUGCCUGUACUCUUGGAUGAAUACUACCGUUAUGAUGGCUCGUUGACCACUCCCCCCUGCUAUCCCAGCGUGCUUUGGACUGUGUUCAAAAACCCUGUCACCAUCUCACUCAAACAGUUUCUGGCCCUAGCAACGGCCAUCUACUCCUCCCACCAACAGGAGUCGGCCCCAGUGGCCAUGAACAGCAACUACAGGAAACCACAGUACACGGACAACAGAGUUGUGCUCUGCUCUUUCCAGGGGGGCAGAGGACUACAGGGUGCUACUCAGACGGUCACCUCUCCGUUCCUGAGGAGGCAGGUCAUCAACCAGCUGUUAGAUGGAGACCUGGCAGACCUGGCAGACCAGGAUGGGCUCAACCAGCUGUUAGAUGGAGAUCUGGCAGACCAGGAUGGGCUCAACCAGCUGUUAGAUGGAGAUCUGGCAGACCUGGUAGACCAGGAUGGGCUUAACAAGCUGUUGCCCAAGAAGCCCAGAGCACCGGGCAAGAAAGGCUGGACCCAGAGCCAUAUUGGGUCCAAGCACUACCAGAACACCGGGUCUCAGACCCAGAACAGCCUCCAGCAGCAGCGGUCGAAGCCCAAUAAGGUGCCAUCCGGGGGGACAGGAGCUGCCAGAUUAGUCCCAUCUCCCUGGAAGAACCAACAGAACAGGCAACCUGUGUGGAAGUUAGGUCUGAGCGAGGACAUGCUGUGUUACGUCUCCUUGGAGCAGGAUGUGUCUCGCCAGCUGAGCAGAGGGAGAUCCCCUACCCAUACAGACACCCAGCUGGUCCAGGCUCUCAGAGAAACUCUGUUCCCAGAGCUCAACCUGCGCAGCUACCUGGGCUGUAAGUCUGACCUGGCUCUGUUCACCAUCAGACAGCUCCUCCGGGGGAGAUCAGCCACAGAUGAGGCCCUGGAGCUGGACCAGGCCAUUGUCAAGGCCUUGGGGGGGACGGGGCAGAGAGGCUCCACAGCACAGCAGCAGACCAAAACUCUCUCCAAGCACCAAACAGGCUUCGCUCCUGCCCCUGCUGCCGUGCCGAAGAAACCCAAUCAGCCAAUCCCAUGGCUCCAGCCUAUGGAGUGGGAGGACUAGAGUCCAGCCUGAUGUGUAACCUUUAGACCCUGAAUCUAUAACGAGUGUAACCACCAUCAGCCUCACCCUCAGCUCAAUCUACAGUCGUGAGUGAAAAUUGACACAACCUUUGUGCUGUCUUCAAAAAAAAUGUUUCCUUAAAAUCUAAAACGGGAUUAAAGUGAUUUUUUUCACCUAUCGAUCUACACAACCUACUCCACAUUUUUGAAAGUGAAAUAAAAAUGAUAGAAAAUGUUCAAAAUGACUAAGAAAUACAAAAUGAGGACGUAUUGAUUGUGUAUGUCUUCACACCCCAUACUUGGUGGAGACACAUUUGGCAGAAAUCACAGGUGUGAAUACAUUUUAAUAUGAUUCUACCAACCUUGCACAACUGUUUGGGCAGCAUGUCAAACCUCUAAGAAUAUAUUCACACCCCUUUAGUUUUUCCACAUUUUGUUGUGUUACAGCCUGCAUUUAAAAUGUAUUACAUUGAUGUUUUGUUUUACCGAUCUACACACAAUACCACAUAAUGGCAAAGUGGAAUUUUGUUUGUAAUUAUAAUUUUUGUAUCCCACAUUUUUUUAAGCUGAAAUGUCUUGAGUCAAUAAGUAUUCAACCCCUGUUGUUAUGGCCUAAAUAAGUUCAGGAGGAAAGAUGUGCUUAACAAAUUGCAUAAUGUGCAGCAACAACCUAGGGAAUAGUUACAGGGAUAAAUGAGCCGGAGAUAAUUAGGUGACCAUGAUGGUCAGAUUGUGAAUUUAGCUAGGACACAGGGGUUAACACCCCUACUCAUACAAUAAGUGCCAUGGGAUCUAUAGUGACCACAGAGAGUCAGGACACCCCGU